GCACGAGCCACGCCGCAGCCAGCAGGUGAAGACGACCCCCACAGGCCCCCCAGGAGAGCCGCACUGCUGGCCAGCCGAGACUGCCCCGCGCACAGGUGCCGAGCCCCCCAGCAGCCAGGCUGCCAGCUCCAAGGUCCCCAGCAGUGGGAAUGCUCAGGCACCCGAGGGCCACCCGGGUAAGGCAGAGCCCGGCCGCACCAAGGCACGCCUGCUGCCCAACAUGCCGAAGCUGGUCAUCCCCUCGGCCGCCACCAAGUUCCCGCCCGAGAUCACCGUCACGCCGCCCACCCCGACCCUGCUGUCCCCCAAAGGCAGCAUCUCCGAGGAGACCAAGCAGAAGCUGAAGUCGGCCAUCCUGUCUGCCCAGUCGGCCGCCAACGUGCGGAAGGAGAGCCUGUGCCAGCCAGCCCUGGAGGUCCUGGAGACGUCCAGCCAGGAGUCCUCGCUGGAGAGCGAGACGGACGAGGACGACGACUACAUGGACAUCUGAGGGGGGGCGGAGCCCCACACGCCCAGCAGGCUGCCCCUCCCGGCAGGCCUGUCCGCCGCCUUCCGAGUGCAUCCCCUGCCCCGGCGAGAGAAGGCGGAGGACAGGCCUGGUGGGCCCCGGCGGCGUGGCAGCCCCCUUUUCUAUGAAACGUCGACCUGUCAGUGUGCCCACCCUGGCCUGCAACUGUGGCCACCCCACCGCACUGCAGGAUGAGCAGGCUCCGCCUGUCCCAGAGGAGGGGUCGUCAGGGUGGGCUCGCCCACACCCUUUUUUUGGUUUCUUUUCUAAUAAAGAUGGAACAGUU